CAACACUGCCAGCAUGGCUAAAAAUUUGCUUCUUUCGAUUGUUUGUCGACUUGGUCGGUAUAAAAUAGGACCAAGUUUUUUAGAGACGUCAGCAAACACGGGUGUCACCUGCAGCAUAAGAAGUAUUCAAUCGAAGCGUCUUCCAGUUCGAAAUACAAAUAUCAUCAUGUCCCAGUACGAGACCGUGGAGAAGGGCGCAAAGAAUUCGCCGAAUUAUAGCCUUUAUUUCAAGAAUAAGUGCGGUAAUGUCAUUUCGCCAAUGCACGACAUUCCAUUGUAUGCCAAUGAGGAGAAGACCGUCUACAAUAUGGUUGUUGAGGUGCCCCGUUGGACAAACGCCAAAAUGGAGAUCAGCUUGAAAACACCGCUAAAUCCCAUAAAGCAGGACAUUAAGAAGGGCAAACUACGUUAUGUGGCCAAUUGCUUUCCCCAUAAGGGUUAUAUCUGGAACUAUGGUGCUUUACCGCAAACCUGGGAGAACCCUGACCAUAUUGAACCCUCUACCGGAUGCAAGGGCGACAAUGAUCCUUUGGAUGUCAUUGAAAUUGGUUAUCGCGUGGCUAAGCGUGGCGAUGUUUUGCAAGUGAAAAUUCUAGGCACAAUUGCUCUUAUCGAUGAGGGUGAGACAGAUUGGAAAGUUAUUGCCAUAGAUGUAAAUGAUCCAUUGGCAUCCAAGGUCAAUGACAUUGCCGAUGUGGAUCAACAUUUUCCAGGGCUAUUGCGUGCCACUGUUGAGUGGUUUAAGAUUUAUAAAAUCCCAGACGGCAAGCCAGAAAAUCAAUUUGCCUUCAAUGGCGAUGCCAAGAAUGCUGAAUUUGCUACCACAAUUGUGGCAGAGACACACAAGUUUUGGCAAACUUUGAUCAAUCAAACCAGUGCUGGUGGCAUUUCUUGCACCAACAUUACGCAGCGUAACUCUGAAUUCCAUAUACCAAAAGAAGAGGCAGCCAAAAUACUGGCCGAAGCGCCCGAUGAUGGCAAAGUUGAAGAAGUAGCCGAUACAGUCGAUACAUGGCAUUUUAUUCAUCUCAAGUGAAAGGUGCUUGAUGAAUUCUUCUUCGAGACAGAUGCAGCAUCUAAAUACGAAAAUAUUUCCCCACAAAUUUGUUAGCUAAAACUGAACUCGAGAUUUAAAUGAUGCUUAUAAACAACACAAAAACAAAAACAUACAUAUAUAUAUGAUAAAAUUUAUGAAAUAAAUUUGAUUUUGCAUUAAAAAUUGCAUCUAUGAUAGCUCCUCUUGAAA